AAUCCACAACUCAAAACCCAAAGCUCAAACCUCUCUCUGCUUUUUAUAUAUUCCUCCUUUUUUUCUAUCAAAAUCAAAAUGGCUUCUUUCCUUACUCAAAGUGUCCUCAAACUUUUCCUCGUCAUCUCUUUGUUUCAAAUCUCUUUGGCCGGUAGGAAGCUGAGUGAAGUGGUGCAAGACCAGCCUCAGCUCUUGACAUACCACAAUGGUCCCCUUCUUUCUGGCAAAAUUACUAUCAAUUUGAUUUGGUAUGGCAAGUUCAAGCCUUCCGAGAGGGCUAUUGUCUCUGAUUUUGUCACCUCCCUUUCCUCCACGCCUCCAUCGCAAAGCAACCAGCCUUCGGUUGCCCAAUGGUGGAAAACCACUGAGAAAUACUACCACCUCACCUCCAAGAAAUCUUCCCUUUCCCUGUCUUUGGGAAAGCAGAUUCUUGACGACAAGUAUUCGCUUGGCAAAUCACUCAAAAACAAACAAAUCGUUGAGCUAGCCUCAAUGGGUGACCAAAAGAAUGCUAUCAACGUUGUUUUAACAGCAUCUGAUGUUGCUGUUGAAGGGUUCUGCAUGAGCCGCUGUGGGACUCAUGGCUCUGCCUUGGGCUCCACCGAUGGUCUCGUCAAGGCCAAGAAGCACUCCAAGUUCGCUUACAUUUGGGUGGGUAACUCCCAGACCCAGUGCCCCGGUCAAUGUGCCUGGCCGUUCCACCAGCCAAUCUACGGACCACAAAGCGCGCCUUUGAUUGCACCAAACAACAACGUGGGUCUUGAUGGCAUGGUCAUAAACUUGGCUAGCCUCUUUGCCGGGACCGUCACGAACCCUUUCGGAAAUGGUUACUUCCAAGGCCCAGCCGAGGCACCGUUGGAGGCUUCAUCGGCUUGUCCUGGAAUUUAUGGUAAAGGGGCUUAUCCAGGCUAUGCAGGAAACCUACUUGUAGACCCUACAACUGGCGCUAGCUACAAUGCUCAUGGUAACAAUGGAAGGAAAUACUUGCUUCCUGCUUUAUAUGAUCCUUCUACAUCAUCUUGCUCAACUUUGGUCUAACCAUUUGAAGCAGCCAUCAACAAAAUUAGUGUUAGCCAGUACUCGGUUUAUAAUGUAAUUCUUUUAUUUGUUGAUUUAUUUUGGAUAAUAAUAUAUCAGCAAACUAGUUCGGUUUGCUUUUUUUCACAA